AGCCGUGUCGUUCCGUGGCAGGCAAAGAGUAUUCGGUUGCAUGCUACUGUUCCACAAAGCAUAUACAUACUCGCUGGACCGGGAGGUGAUCACCGGGAUACGUCUGGACGUAAAGUGCAAAGCGUGGUAUGGCUAUCAUGGGGGUUAUGGAUAGGUGUACUUUUUCGGAAAGUGGGCAGUAUUUUGCGUGUUAUAACGAUGACGGAAAGUUGAGAGUUUGGGAAGCCGAAACAGGAGUAUUGAAGCAAGAAUACACUCCCAACUUUCAUCUAGGUUCCCCUGGAACAUGUUUGCAAUGGCUGAAGUUGUCUCUCGAAACGAUUACUCCAAAGAAAAAAAAGAAAAUAAAGUCGUCAGAACAAAGUAAGGAAACGGAUGUCGUAGCAAUUGGAACAUCUUCUGGAAGUAUUCAUCUGUACUGCAUAGCCAGUGGUAGUGUGUUAGAUAGUUUAGAAGGAGGCCCAACAACAUCUGUGAACUGUCUUUCUUGGUCCCGUGGUACAAAUUUGUUUAGUUGUGCUGGUGAAACAAUCGUAGAAUGGGGUGUUGGGUGUAAAACUCUUAAAAGGUGGAAGGCUGGAAAAGAUGUAGUGACUUACCUGCGAGUGCUUCCAGAUGGAAACUUCAUUCUGUCAGCUUCUCGGAGUAUAAUUUUGUGGAGCCUUCCCAAACAUGAGCGACUCAAAACAUACUCUGGACAUGCUAGUGAUGUAACAGCACUUGUGUAUGUUCCUCCAGCAUCUCCAUCAUCAGAAAGCUAUUUUAUAAGUGCUGCUAAAACUGACCGAUAUCUUAGUGCAUGGAGCUUAAGUGUAGACACCCAUAAUACAAAUGUUGCACAGUUUCUCAUGGAAGAUGCUGCUGCGGGGAUUUGUGUUUGUCCUGGAAUCCAAAAUGACUCGACAACUAUGUGUGCUGUGGCUCGUAGCGGAGUGUUGCAUACGUUCAAAUUGCAGCUGAAUGGCAAGUGUGCCAAACCUAUUAAACCAAAACUCACAGUACAGAUAGCUGCACGUUCAAGUCAAAGUCAAAACAAAGAAGCAGUCAUGCCAAUUCCUAUUGUUGGAGCAACAUUAUGUGACUCUAACACUAUUCACCUUGUUCAUGGAACCAUACCAUUCCUAGUUUUUGAAAAAAUAAGCUGUAAUACUUCAGAACGGGAGCUCUAUCUUGUGAGAGAGGAUGCCAAGAAAGCAACCAUUCAGAAGAAAGGCUCUGCUUCUAAGGUUGUGGCUCCUGAAGUUGAUGUGGAUGCACAGUACAUCAGUUCUUUAGUUAGCACAAGCACCAGUGCUAGUAAGCGAGGGCACAAGACCUAUGGUGAUGUCCCCAUGGAGGAACGCCUGAAUAAUCUGACACUAAAUCGCAGUGAUUCUGGAGUGCCUCAUGCAGACAAUGUUGCCCAUCUAUUACUUCAGGGAUUGCGGAGUAAAGACAAACGCACAAUUCAUACCGUUCUCCUCCAGAGAGAUGAAGCAGUUAUCAAGCGUACUGUUGCAAGAUUACCAGUGCAAGUUGUGGUUCCACUUGUUGAAGAACUUGCUUCACUUAUGCAGGGAAAAGUUGUGAGGUGUCAAGUUGCUGCUCAGUGGUUACGUGCAGUGAUAGGCAUCCAUGCCAGUCAAAUUUUAUCUAGCCCGGGAGCUAUGGAAUGCUUUGCACCAGUGUUGGGAUUGGUAGAGACAAGAUUAGAGAAAUUAACCCCUCUCUCACGGCUUCGUGGUCGUUUGGAUCUACUUAUGGACCAGUUAACAGCGGCCCAAGUAAAGAAUACGCAGCUAGUCCCAGACAGUCAGCUUGUCUAUCAGGAUUCUUAUUCUUCAGAUGAAGAUAUUGAUGACUUGGCUGAUGACAAAGUAGUACAUAGCGAUUUCGAUGAAAAUUGGGAUGAUUUAUCAGAUCCAGAAGAAAGUGAAAUGCAAGAUGGAGAGUUAGAUGCAGAAAUGUCAGUGGACUGAGAAGUGAGAAUAAAACAACUGUACAGGAAUUUUUAAAGUAAUAGUUAGUGGCUGUGAAAUUAAAAUACAAGCAGUUUUACAUCAAUGAAGUUUCAUGAAAAAUAAAGUAAUUUCAAUGUCAGGAUAUAGAAUUGUGAAAAUUGGUGGUGACUGCAGAAUUUUCACAUCGAAUGAUUGAGUGUGAUUAAAGGAUUGUUCGUACUGUGAUGCGUAUGAAUGCGUAUGGGGCAUAUAAUGCAGAUGUGAGAUUGCAAUUUAUCAUGAAACUAUGACCGACAACACUCCACAGAGAGACGUUUGUUUUAAAAUAGGACAAAACACGUUCACUGAAAUGAGAGAAUAAGGAAGUCCCUGAGAAUUGGAAGUUAUGUAUUAUACGGAAUGGAUAUAUGUACAUAAAAAGUAAAUGGCAUGAAAUUGUUUAAUAAAUUGUUUAUUAUUACUAUUGUUUUUACAUUAUUAAAAAUACUCAUAUUUUCUGCACCACUCAAUUUUUACUUUCUUGCUAGUGCUUAUGCAAUAUUGAGAGUUUUGUAAUGCUGAAGGAAAAAACUUAAUUUUCAACACAAAAAUUCUUAUUGCCUAGUAAGGAAAAAGCGGAUAAAUCUUGUUCCUCUAUGUGUAGUAAAUUACUUCCUCAAAAUCGUUAGACCUGUAACAGACUGUACUGGGAUGUGCGUUGCGAGAAAUGAGGAAAGAGGCUGAUGAGACUGCGUCUACACACUAGAAAUAGAUUAUUCAAUGGCUCAAAAUGUCUUUAUGUGCCACAAGCAGAGAGCACUUAUCUAUGAGAGACAGCAAUUAGCUAUGAAAUCAGCUGCGAGACUCAUUUUUUGUUUUAUUAAAUGCUCUUGUGUAAUUUUAACCUGU